AUGACACUCCCUGGUAAACCAGGUAUUAUGCAAUAUGUCUAUAAAUGUUUAAAUGAGAGCCUGCCAUGGUCUACUGUAAGGAAUCGUGAAGAUACAUUAGCCAAAAAACUGGUCAUGUUGGAAAAUUAUAGAAAUUCGAUUAUUUUUACGGAAACAAUGUAUCGAAAUAGUAGACAGCAUGGUCCUGUGUCCGAAAAGAAGAAUAUAUCUGAUUCGGUAGCAAUCAAAGAGAUCGUUCGUCAGGAUAAUCAUAGCUGUAAUAGUCAUAUACUAACGGCUGACAACGUAUAUGCCGGCCAUGCUACUAUUGAACAUCGAAUACAGCUAUACGAAUCAAAAUUCGCAGCCUGUAUGAAAUCAACCACUGAACUAUCUGCAUGGUUAAAAGCUUUCAAAAAGAAAGGCCCACCGUUCGCUCUUUUGGAGAAGGAAUAUUCAAAAUACACAGCAAGCGUUGCAGCAUCAACUCCUGUCUCUUCUCCAACCCCACAAAAGCACCGAAAAAGAAACGCUGUUAAGAAAGAAUCAAUUACACCAUCAGUAAAAGCAUCCAUAAGUACGAUGAUAAAAAAAGCUACCGAUUCAAUCAAAUCGACAAGAUAUAAGCAUGAGAACCAGUCCAAGUACGACUACUGUGAAAUGCAGAAAGCGCCUAGAAAUACUUUACAUAUAUCAAUUGAUCCUAAAGGAAGCAGUGGUCAACAACGCAAAAAAGCCUUGCUAAAUCGUUUUUCAUUCUAUGAAAGCAGUCGAAAUGAUAUAUUGCCGUCAGUACAAAUAAUUGAUAAAAGUAGUAUUCGAGUGGUUCCUGUAAAUACAACAUUGGAAAGUCAGCCUAUUUUCAGCAAUAGAACUAAACAUAGAGCGUUGAAAUCAGUAGGUAAUCCGGAUAGUAGUAAGAAAUGGACGACGGAAGUUAACAAUGCCAAUGAUAAUGCGCCAAAUACAUUGUCGAAAACACAAUCUGACCAAACAAUCAUGUCUCACUCUUCGUCAAUUUUUCUGACAAAACUACGAUCGAAAGCUUCUAAUGAUGAAACUGCAAGAGAAGCACCACAACAUAUUACGCAACCGAAUAUUCCAUUGAAAACAAAAACUUACCAGUAUUCAUUGAAAAGCUACUCAACCACAUCAGAACUUACCGAGGACGAUGAUAGUAGGACCUCUUUUCCCUCCUCGCCAACUAUUGAUUCCGUUAUUUCUUCACCCCUUUUCACUGCUUAUGCAAAUACCUGUUGUAUUGAAAACUUACUCAGGCCGUACGAGAUGAAUCGUAGCGGAGUAGAAAAAGAUCCAAUAAUCAAUAAGAUGCCAAAAGCUACCAAUGCGUAUCCAACAGCAGCCAACAAAAGCCAGUCGACGAGUCGUUACCGGACACAACAACAUCAACAGGCUCAACAGAAGCAAAAAAACCGUGCAUCCAUGUUGAUAGCCUCAUCAUUAUCAUCAUUACGUUAUCUUUCACAAAAAUCUCAAUUCUUUGAACGGCAAGUAUGCUAG